AUGUCCUUUGGCGCCGAAUCGUCGGUCUUGCUGUCGCCACAGCAGGCCCCCGAUGCGCCGUGCAACACGGCAAUUCGCUCAAUGAAGCACAUCGACGCGACCUUCGCGGCACCCGAGGAGGUGGGAAUUGAUCCCUCGCGCCUGGAGCGCCUCACACACGUGCUGCGAGACCUGGUCCGGAGCGGACCUCUGCCAAAUGCGGCCAUGUUGGUUGCACGGAAGGGAAAGGUGUCCUUUGUGGACUUUGUGGGAGAGGCACGACCAGGAAAAGUUGUAGAUGGCAGCACGAUCUGGCGCGUGUACUCCAUGGCUAAACCCAUCACCUCCGUGGCGAUGCUCAUGCUCAUCGAGGAAGGUCGAGCGCUACUCACGGAUCCUAUUCACCGAUUUCUGGGACAGCGCUGGCAUCGGGAGAACCUCCAAGUGCGUGCGUCUGAUGGUUCGUUGGAACCCUGCCAGCACGACAUCACCAUCCGCCACCUGCUCACGCAUACGGCCGGCUUGUACUAUGGACCGGUCUAUGACAGCGCCUCGCAGCCUGACUACCCGGACAUUGAUAGCGAAACCAACCUCGAGACGUUCGUGGACAAGUUACCUCAGUUCCCUCUAGCAUUUCAGCCAGGUUCCCAAUGGAAGUACUCUUAUGCCACCGACGUUGUCGGGCGCGUUGUUGAAGUUCUCAGUGGCAUGGAUCUCGAGACCUUCUUCCAGGAGCGCAUCUUUCGUCCCCUUCGCAUGGUCGACACAUCCUUCUACGUGCAGACUGAGAAGCUGUCUCGCUUUGUUGACUGCUGGCAGCAAGUACGCGAGGGAGAGCGAAAGAACGUCACCGCCGAGCAGAUGCGGAGGAGGGAGUUUCAGCCAGGUGUCCUGCUCUCGGGCGGUGGUGGUCUGGUCUCCACGCUCUCGGACUACCAUCGUUUCUGCAUGUUCCUACUCAAUGGAGGCAGCCUCGAUGGACACCGCCUCCUCUCGCGCAAGGCUGUAGAGUGGAUGACCAUGAACCACCUUCCUGGCAACAAGGAUAUGGUGUCUUUGUCUACCGCAGGCUACACUGAAACGGCGAUACCUGGGGUUGGGUUCGGACUUGGCGUCGCGGUUCACACGGAUCCCGUAGCAUCUGGACAGAUCUACAGUCAAGGCUCCUUCAGCUGGGGUGGCUCGGCCAACACCUACUUUCUGUGCGAUCCUGUCGAGGACAUUUCUUUCGUGUUCAUGACACAGCUCGUAGGACUGGAUCGUGCCCGCCAUCCCAUUCGCACCAUGCUGCCACAGGUGCUUUAUUCAGCUGUGGCGGAUGGCCCCUUGAAGUGUCAGGUCUCUUGUCACAGCAGUCUCUAG